GCAGGCAUGGCGUCCUUCAGUCAGAGGCUGAAUUAACAAACGUUUAUUCAUUUGCCCUCUGUAUCUAUCUGAGGUUGUUUUUUGUAUGUACCCGUGGAAAUAUUAUUCACAAUGGCGUCCAGAACCGUGUGUCAAGUUCUCCAGCGCCGCUUUGCGUCUGCCGCAGCGGCUGUGCGUCCAACGCCCGCUGAGGUCCGCAGCCAGCGCAACGCCGUCUUCUCCCGGGAGCAGGCCAGGCAGAGAGCCCUGUAUCCUCGCAUUGAGAAGAUAGAGGUGUCCAUGCAGGGCCCGGGGCUGGAUGGUACUCUGCUUGUCAUGAACAGGGGAAUGUCCACUCCACUUAGCUGUGCCAGACACCUGACAGAGCAUCAUGUGACCAACUCGGUACUGGCCCUGGUGGACGGGGAACCCUGGCCUCUCCACCAGCCCCUCACCCACUCCUGCUCACUCACUCUGCUCACAUUUAAAGACAGUGACCCAACACUGGUCAACCAGGCUUUUUGGCGUUCCUGUGCUGCCUUGCUGGGCCAAGUGCUGGAGACUGCGUUCAAAGAUGACUUCACUGUGCAGCUGCUCAGCACACCAGAGGUGCCAGUCACUUCAGGGGCCUUCUGCUGUGAUGUUGUCCUUGAUCCUCAGCUGGACUCAUGGACUCCCUCUGAGGAGUCAUUGCGGUCUCUGACCCGAGGGGCCCAGCAGCUGAUCCACCAGGACUUGGCCUGGGAGCCUCUGGAGGUGGCGCCCCCUGUUGCGCUGGAAGUCUUCUCGCACAGCAGGUGUAAACAGGAAGAGGUGGAACAGAAGGCAGCACAAAAUCCCAAAGGCACAGUGAUGCUCUACAGAUGUGGUGACCAUGUGCUGCUGAGUGGUGGCCCCCUGGCGGCCAGGACGGGCCUUUGCUCCCAGUACGAGGUGACGGCCCUGCACAGCCUGGGACAGGGACCCUUGGGCCUCCACCGUCGAGCACAGGGCCUCUCCCUGCCUGUGCAGCUGCAGGCUCACCACACAGUCUGGAGGAAACUGAGGCAGCGGGCAGAGAAACCGGUUGAAGUGUCAAGCCUUGAAGAAGCAGCUCCACCCUCUCCUCCUGACUCAACCCCACCUCCAACCAGCCAGUAACGACCUCUGUGUCACCUUCCACACACACAUACACACUUUGACAUGUAUCUGACCUGUAUUCUUUGUUCAAUAAAUGUG